CGAUCGCCGCUCGCUGGACGCGUCCGGAGCGUGUCCGAGACGUGUCCGAGACGUGACCGGAGCGUGUCCGAGACGUGUCCGGAGCGAUCCGGGGCGUGCCCGGUGCCGGUGCGUCCCGGUGCCUCCAUGCAGCGGGAGGUGGGCACGCUGCCGCUGGCCCCCGCCCUGCGCGCACGCCUCGCCGCCGCCGGCUUCCAGACGGCGCAGGAGCUGCUGGACACCGGGCCCUGCGGCCUGAGCAAAGAAAUUGGAAUCUCCAGGGAAGAGGCGCUGGAAGCGCUGCAGCUGGUGAGGCAGGAAUGUCACGGGGACACAGCAAGGACAGCUGGGGGAUCAGGUGCCACCAGGAAGUGCACAGCCCUGGAGCUUCUGGAAGAGGAGCAAACCCAGGGCUUCAUCAUCACCUUCUGCUCAGCACUGGACAACAUCCUGGGAGGUGGAGUGCAGCUGACAAAAAUCACCGAGAUCUGUGGAGCACCCGGAGUUGGCAAAACCCAGCUGUGCAUGCAGCUGGCAGUGGAUGUCCAGAUCCCAGAGUGCUUUGGAGGCGUUGCAGGAGAAGCUGUGUUCAUUGACACCGAGGGAAGUUUUAUGGUGGACAGAGUGGUGGACAUUGCAGCUGCCUGUGUGCAGCACUGCCACCUUAUUGCUGAGGCUCAGCAAGAAGAGGACCAUCAGAAAGCUUUGGAGACUUUCUCUCUGGAAAAUAUCCUCUCUCACAUUUAUUACUUCCGUUGUCGUGACUACACAGAGCUGCUGGCCCAGGUCUACCUCCUGCCAGAAUUCCUGUCAGAGCAUUCCAAGGUGCGGCUGGUGGUGAUUGAUGGAAUUGCCUUUCCCUUCCGCCACGACUUUGAGGACCUGUCCCUGCGCACGAGGCUGCUGAACGGGCUGGCCCAGCAGCUCAUCAUCAUAGCCAACGACCACAGGGCAGCUGUAGUUCUGACAAACCAAAUGACAACAAGGAUUGGACAAAGCCAGUCCACAUUGGUACCUGCUUUAGGAGAAAGCUGGGGACACGCUGCCACUGUCCGUUUAAUCUUCCACUGGGACAACACUCAGAGGCUGGGACAGUGAGGGGCUGAACUGUCAGCUCCUCCUCCCCACCGUGGUGGGUUCUUCCUGACAAGAUGCCAUGGUUUAUAAAAGUGUAACAUCCUCAUGGCAGCUGUUCAGACACAAGGAUUUCUAUUACAAUCUGCAUUCUGCAAGGUAGGGUUGGGUUGGGUUUUUUUAAUAAAACUUUUCUCAUUUUAAUGUGAAUUUUUGCCGUAGACUCAGUGCAAGUAUUGAGCUGCUGGGUUACAAGGUGAUUUUUAUGCCCCACUCUGAAGAGGUGCAAUUUCAACAGUCUCAUUGUAAAGAACCUCCCACUCCUCCAUGGUUGGUUGUAGCCACUAUAAUUUCUUUGAGAAUAAUUUUUUCUUCAGUGUUUUCAUCCCCAGUCAGUCCAAAGCCAGAGGUGCCAAAGAAGGCUUUAAAUCCACCUAGCCAGUGACCCUCAGGACAGGCUGCUGACCCUGAGCUUCAGGGGUUGAAUCUUCUAAAAACACUGAAAUUCUGUUUGUUGCAAUGAGACCUCCUCUGUUUCCUGGUUCUUUUUCCCCCUCUUUAUAUUGUAAGGUCAUUUCUCUUUCCUGGUCAGUUAAAUUUGUCCUAUAUGUAAUAUCACCAUGUAGCAGCUUGAGAUUAAGGAGCUGUGCUGCAAUUCCCUAGUCUUGUGCAAACAGUG